GCUCGCUGGCAGACACAUACACGCACCAGCCACUGACUGACCGCAGGUGGGCAGGGAAGCACUCGGACCCGUGGACUACGUGGGCUACCAGCAUAUCAUGAUAUGCACUGAGGAGGUGUGGCGCAGCUCUCCUGCACCCUCAUAUAUAAACCGGACCACGACCCCAAAGUUUUUUGUACAGUACCUAGCCUCGUCUUGUUCUUUCUUUCUUUUCCUCCCGACUUAUAUCCCACACCACAGGCAGCACUAAAAUCAUCCCGCCAUGGCUCGAACAAAGGCCACAGCACGCGGCCUCAACAACAACAACACGACGAGGUCACUGCCCCGCCUGCCAUCAGGCGUCUACUUCUCCCUUCCAGUGCUGCCCGACGCUGCCGCCAACGAGGCAAGCCAUGUCCCGGAGUACCCAACAUUUCCCUCCCUCCGCGGGGCCCAAGGAGGAGCCGCGUCGGCAUCUGCCUCUGCCGGGCCUGCUGCACCGGGUGAGACCGUGGACCUCCCAUACCGCCCAGCACCAGCCCCCGGCACCCCACAGCCGCAGCCCCAGCUAUGCCUCCCCCUCGCCGACGUAUCCAUCAGCAUGCAGGUAGACCACAGCACCGCCAGGACGAGCCUAGUACAGACCUUCCAGAACCCCGCCGGCGGCAGCCCCAUCCCCGAGGCCCGGUACUCCUUCCCGCUGUACGACGGCGCCACCGUCACCGCCUUCCGGUGCUCGGUCGGCGGCGGCAGGGUCCUCGAGGGCAGGGUCCUGCCGGCGGGGGAGGCGAGGCGGGAGUUCGCGAGGGCCGCGUUGGAGAGGCAGGAGGCCGCCGCCCUCGUCGAGGAGCUGACGCCCGAGGUCUUCCAGACGACCGUGGGGAACAUCGCGCCCGGGGCGGCCGUCAGGGUGGAGAUCACGUAUGUCGAGGAGCUCCGUGUGGACCUUGGGGGUGGCGGUGUCCUCGUGACCAUCCCGACGUCCGUUGCGCCGCGGUACGGGACGCCCCCGCAGGGGUACAAAGGGAAAUCGACCCCCACGGAGCCCCGCCUUGAUGUUGUCGUCAGUGUCGCCUCUUCUAGCGCUGAGAAACCCAUCGUCUGCCGGAGUGGCCAUGACAUCAAAGCCGAGUACGAGGAGACCAACCCGGGAUCGCAGGAGGGGGAGGAGUUUGAAGACCUUGCCUCCACGGCGCUCGAGGGCCAGCCGGGCAUGGGCACCACUCCCAAGCGCGCCACAGUCCGGAUGUCAGACAAGACAGCCAUGGACAAAGACCUGAUCCUCUUUGUCCCCUCGCCCGACGAGAACCCGCAGAGGUCCCUGGCCGUGCUGGCCCCUUCGGCGGCAGGCGCCCCGGGUGGGCAGCAUUCCGCCCUGAGGGUGACGGUACGCCCCAGCGAGCUCUUCUCCGACCUGCGGGAGUCCAUGGCCGGGUUCGACGGCGAGGUCCUGUUCCUCGCCGACCGCUCGGGCUCGAUGGCCGGCCCCAAGAUCGAGGAGCUCAGGAACGCGCUCUUCGUCUUCGUCAAGAGCCUCCCGCCCGGGUGCAGGUUCAACCUCUACUCCUUCGGCAGCGACGUGUCAGGCCUGUGGGGCCGCUCCGUGCCGUACGGCGAGGCCGCCGUGCAGGACGCCCUGGACCAUAUCUCGACGUUCCAGGCGGACUUUGGUGGCACCGAGGUGCUGAGGGCACUGAAGAAGGCCGUCGGGGACCGCCGGUCGGCAGGGCAGGCGUCUUCUUCCACGCAGGUCAUACUCCUGACCGACGGCGAGAUCUGGCAGGCGGAGGAGACCAUCGAGUUUGUGCGCAUGAACACGGCCAAGGCAGACGGACAGCUGCGGUUCUUCAGCAUGGGUCUUGGGACCCACGUCAGCCACCAGCUGAUCCAAGGCAUAGGCAUGUUCGGUGGUGGCUUUGGGGAGGUUGCUUCCGUGGAUGCCGCGGGCAGGUGGAAGGAAGCCGUGAUCCGGAUCCUCAAGGGCGCCAUCAUGCCCAACAGCUGGUCCUAUUCGAUCAGCAUUGGCGACGGGUGGGAUGAGAAACGUCUGGACGUGGAUGAUGUUUUCCCGGGCAAGGUUGCCAAAAAGCCAUCUGGUCCUUCAUUCGUCCAAGCUCCAAGGAAUAUCCCCUUGCUCCACCACUAUGGGCAACAGUCAGUCUACUUCCUGCUGGACGCGAGCAGCGAUAAAUUCCCGGAACAGGUGACCAUCACCGCGUCCUCGCAGUACGGCGGGACCAAAACGGCCACUCUGAAAGUGACUCGAGCGACGCCCAACAACACCACCAUCCAUCAUCUCGCCGCCAGGACCGCCGUGCGAGACCUCGAAAGCCAAGACGUGCCCGACGCAAUCUCGUCAGACAUCAUCCGCAGCAACGCCGAGCAUCUGUGCCAAGCGUACUCCAUCACCAGCAAGUGGGCGUCCUUCGUCGCCGUCAGCCAUCUACAGGAGGAGGAGGAGUCUGUGGAUGACGAAUACGUCGAGGUCAGUGUGUACAAGGCGCCCAUGGCUGACCCGGCGCUCCUGCCAACAAGCACAUUCGAAAGGGUCGCACGACGGAAGACGCAAGGCAUGCAAUACAUGCAAUACAUGCAAGGCAUGGCGCCACGGAAGCAACUGGCGUCCAAGGCAGCGAGGAAAUCCGCGCCUUCAUCCAGUACCAGCCUGAUGCCCGUGAAGAAAGCAAGGAUGGUCUCUCCUGGCGGUGUGUGCGACCUAGAUUAUGAGGAGCCCACGGAGCCGGACGCGCCCGCCGACAACCCAUCCUCCAUCCCUUGGCAGGAUGUCGUCCGCCACCAGCGUAUAGACGGCCUAUUCGACCUUGAUAAGAGCGUUGCGAACCGCCUGGGCACGCACUUCUGCCCCGGGACGCAGCAAGCACUCACACUCUGGGCUAAAAAGCAUGCUGCGGACGACACCAAAGGCGGCGAUGCCGUGGGGCUCCUGGCCAGCACGGUGAUGGCGCUGGCCUAUCUCCGUUCCCAUUUCUACCCCGAUCGAGCGCUGUGGGAGCUCCUGGUGCAGAAGGCAGAAGGGAGCAUUGCCUCGCGGUUGGCGCCUGGACAAUGGGACCGGUCGGAUGGGCUAUCGGCACUGGCGGACUCGGCCCUUGCGCAUGCGCAUUACGGUAGUCUCUCACAGGACGGUGCCAAAGGAGACUGGUGGGUCUCUGGUCCUAAAGGUGGCCGUUGUGGUGUCUGCAAGGCACGCAGUGGUCAGAAGACAAGACUGGCGGAUGGCGGGCCUUCAGAGUGUUCUUUCUCGGGGUGUGGUGUUCCUGUCAGCCCCUGGGACCAGUUCUGGACACAUGCUAUUGAGCAGGGCCACAUCAACUCGUCCUGCCGAGUCGCCAAUGGCCAGUCAGAAGCGGCCGACGGACAGCAGGAGAAAGAUGGGCGGCGCAGAAGCCAGAGGCUAAAGAUGGCAAAUGAGGUGUAAAACAACAAGAUAUUGUACAGCCGGAGGCAAAGAAUUCAGGCUGGAGAUGGCAGAUAUUGAGGGCAUCUAAUGAUGAUGGUGAUGGAAUAGUAGGCAACAAAGGUGUAAACUUCAUGUGGAUAUCGUGGAAGGCAACUGAAUCUUGAACAACACCCAGGACGUCAAACUGCAAUGCGGCUCCAGGGGGGCCGGUCUCGUAUCAGAAGAAUUGAAUCCUGGACUCGCUUCCAA